AUGGACGUCCUGCUGCCUGUUUCUCUCCUGCUGGCUGCCUGGAGCUUCCCCUUCUCCUCCUCCUCCUCUUCCUCCUCUUUCCCCCACUACCUGAUCCAGCUAAACUCCAGGCGCAGCAGCUGCAAGCCAGUGCCCAGCAGCAUGCGCCUAUGUCACGGGGUGGGCUACAGCGAGAUGCGCCUGCCCAACCUUCUGGGCCACGACACCAUGAAGGAGGCCCUGCAGCAGUCCGCCUCCUGGGAGCCCCUGCUGAGCAAGCGGUGCCACCCUGACACCAAGAAGUUCCUCUGCUCCCUCUUCGCCCCCGUGUGCAUCAGCGGGGUGGAGGAGCCCAUCUUCCCUUGCCGGUCCCUCUGUGAGGCCGUCAGAGAUGGCUGCACCCCGGUCAUGGAGACCUUCGGCUUCCCCUGGCCAGAGAUGCUGAACUGCAGCCGGUUCCCCCAGGGGAACGGGCUCUGCAUCCCUCCCGCCGGCCCCGACGACAGGCAACCCCUCCCGAAAGAAGCUGCGGUGUGUGCCGCCUGCCUCGACACAGGGCACCGUGAGAAGGAAUUCUUGGAAAACUUCUGCAGCCAGGAUUUUGCGCUGAAAAUGAGCAUCAAAUCCUUGUCCGGCGUGGAAGGAGAUGUGAGAGUGGUCCCAGAAGCCAGGGGCCGCACCUUGUACAAACGGGACGGCUGGUCAGAGGAGGAGCUGAAGAAGCCCGUUCUGUGGCUGGCGGGGGGAGAGGCCUGCUCCUGCCAGGAGCUGGCGGGGCCGGGGGGCGUGGUGCUUGCCCUGGGGCGCAGGGUGGCUGGCCGGCUGGUCAUCUCGUGGGUCCGGAAGUGGCGGCAGGGAGAGAAGGAGAUGAAGAAGUUCUCCCGGGCCGUGCGGAAGCUGCGGUGCUAG